AUGCUCCCAAACGAGAUCAUCGACCUCCUCACCUCCCAAAUCACAUGCCGCGACCAACAAAUCCGUGCCCUAACCACCCUAUAUGCGUCCCCCCUCCCCUCCCCCCGCCUCCUCUGCCUCCACGGCCUCCCCUCGACCGGCAAAUCCCUCGUCCUUACCGCCGUCCUCAAGGAAUCCGAGCGGCCGUAUGCGGGGGUGUUGAGGGAGGUGAUUGGGGGGUUAGAAGGGGGGAAGAGGGGUUUGAACGAAGGGGAGGAAGGGGUGGAAGAAGGGAAGGGGAAGAGGCUGGUGUUGGUGUUUGAGGGGAUCGAUCGACUGCGCGAGGCGUCGACGAUGUUGAUUCCGGCAUUGGCUCGAAUCGGAGAACGAAUCCCAAAUCUCUCACUCAUCUUCACCCUCCGCAUCCCCAACCCCUCCCUCUUCCACACCCAUAUCCCCCACCUCCCUUUCCCCGCCUACACCCGCCCCCAAUCCCUCCACCUCCUCUCCCUCUCCCCCCUCCCCAUCUUCCCUCCCGCAUCUCUCCCCUCCAUCACCGACACCACCGGCUACACCGCCCAGCAAGCCGCCGACGACAGCGCCUGGCUGUGGGGCCGGUUCACCGCGCUGAUGUGGGACACGCUUGGGAAGGGGGCGGCGAGGGAUGUGGUGAGUUUGAGGAAGGUGUGUGGGCGGUUGUGGGGGAGGUUUACGGAGGGGGUGAGGGAGGGGGAGUUUGGGACGAGGGAUUUUGCGAGGUUAGUGGUGGGGGGGAGGGGUUUGGUGCAGGGAGAGGAGGGAUUGGGUGUAGGUGUUGGGAGGGUGUUAGGGAGGAAUUUGGGGGAGGAGAAGAAGGAGGGCUCGGAAAACCUACCGUAUUACUCCAAGUAUAUCCUCUGCGCGGCAUAUCUGGCGUCGUAUAAUCCGCCGCGAACCGACCUCAUGUUCUUCGCCAAGUCGACGGAUAAGAAACGAAGACGAAAAUCUUAUACGGGAAAGGUCCAGAAGCAUCGAAAGAUCCCCCGCACUCUCCUCGGCCCGUCCCCCUUCCCCGUCGACCGCAUGCUCGCCAUCCUGCACGCCAUCGUCCCCGACCCGCUGCCGCCGACGGCGGAUCUCCUGACGCAGGUAGCGACGUUGACGACGUUGCGGCUGCUGUUGCGGUCGGGGUCGGCGGGGGCGGACGUGCUGGACUCGGGGUGUAAAUGGCGGACGAACUAUAGCUGGGAUUACGUGUCGGCGUUGGGGCGGACUGUUGGGUUUGAGUUGCGGGAUUUCCUGGCGGAGGGGUAGGGAUUGUGUCUGGUACGGUUCCAUGGGGGAAUUGGCACUUAGCGACUGUUUACAUUCGA